GCCAAACAGAAAUUACAGCAGACCCUCCAAAAAGCAGAGACUCUUCCUGAGAUUGAAGCUCAGCUGGCACAGCGAGUGGCGGCUCUCAGCAAGGCUGAAGAGCGGCAUGGAAAUUUUGAAGAGAGGCUCCGCCAGCUCGAAGCACAGCUGGAAGAAAAGAACCAGGAACUGCAAAGAGCUCGUCAAAGAGAAAGAAUGAACGAUGAGCACAACAAACGCCUGUCAGAGACAGUUGACAAACUCCUGUCUGAAUCAAAUGAGAGGUUACAGUUGCAUCUUAAGGAAAGAAUGGGUGCCCUGGAAGAGAAGAACACUCUCUCGGAAGAGAUAGCUAACAUGAAAAAGCUUCAGGAUGAGCUUCUUCUGAGCAAGGAGCAGCUAAUGGCUGAAAUUGAACGUAUGCAGUUAGAGAUAGACCAGCUACGGGGACGACCGUCAUCUACAUACUCAAGUGCACUAGAGCUACGUUAUUCCCAGGCCCCAACUCUGCCCAUAGGUAGCCACAUGGACCACUACAGCAGUACAGCUGUAAUAAGGCGGCCCAAAAAAGGGCGCUGGGCAGCUAUGAAGGAUGACCCAACAAAGGACUGGGAGCGGGCUCAGCAGGCCAAUGUGCUUGCCAAUGUGGCACAAGCAUUUGAAGGUGACUUGGAUGGCUCUGAUGAAGAUGACAGAGAGACGAUAUUCAGCUCAGCUGACCUUCUGUCUCCAAGCGGCCAGACAGAUGUGCAGACCCUCGCUAUCAUGUUACAGGAGCAGUUGGAGGCAAUCAACAAAGAAAUCAAGAGAUCGCAGUUCAAGCCUCUGGGAAAUAGGGCUAGG